AUGGCAACCACAAACACGCUUGCUCUCCCCACGAUCUCGUCGCUUCGCCACUUAGAACCGCGUCCAGGCGGUCAAUGGGCAGUUACUGGACAAUCUGCAGAUUCAUAUUCACUGGCAUAUAUCAUGAACGGCGGUGCUGACGCAAUUUGCUUUACCAUGCAAGCCUGUGCCACCGAGGAAGACGUCAGAGUACACUGUGGAUCGUUGAUCUACAGUUACUCAGAAGACAAUAUCACAAAUGGUGGGGUUACUUCGGCUAGCGAGCAUGCUGCUUCAGGGGGUAUGCACCUUGCCCUCCGCGCAAAGCAAGAUGAUUCCAACGUCACGGGUCUGGAUACUCUUGCGUUGGAUCCUCUGAUGAUCAAUCCCAUCCCUGAAUCUCAGAAUGCUCCCCACGAUUCUGAACAGCUGUCACAAUUUGGAGUCUCCCAGACUGAAGCUCAAAACAAUAUGUUCGAUCUUAGUAACGGGUCGGCAAAUAAUCAAAACCAGCACCAAAUGAUGAGUGCUAUGAACGGAAAUAUGAAUUGGUCGACUUCUGAAGCGAUACUGGCGAUGACGCAACAUCCAGAAGCUCAAGGCACAAUCAUAUCGGGACCCGAACAUUCUAACAUUCUGUCCGACAUGUGGGGUGAGAACUUUGGGAGACCCGAGUCUUUGGUGGAUGGUACUACACAAUCUGGAUGGUCGCUGCAGUUCGCAACUUCUUGA